AUGCCGCCGCGGGAAGCCCUAGCUUCACCAGCCGCCACCCUCCAGGGCCGCUGCCCGGGAUCCAGACAGAACCUCGCCGCUGCCACCGGCCAAGUUCCGCCACCGCCGACCGGCCACUGCGACUCCGCCGCCAUGCCGCCGACGGAUCUGGGCGAGGAUAGCCAUCCUCCCCGAGGACACACGCCACAGCCUCUUCUCCGCGUGCUCGCACGAGAAGCCACCGUGGCCGCGUCCCCACCCCUCGCCGGAUGCCGUGCACGUACCGCCCCGCCGCCGACGAAGGCCGCCGCCACGAGGAGACCCGCACGCUGCCGCCACACAGCUCGGCGUCGACCCAUCUGCAGCCGCGCCAUGGGCCCGCUGCCGUCAAGAUCGUCGCCGCCGCGCCGCCAGGAUCCGCGCGCCCCGGCGCCUCCGCUCGGCCUGGCCGCUCCCACAGGCCACGAACGCGAGGAGGGGAGAAGGCCCCCGCAUCCAGCCACCGCGGGGGGCUUUGCCCCGGCGGCUCUGGCCGGCGGGGGCGGGGAAGGGGAGGAGAAGGAGGGCUAG